AUGUUUGUCACUACAUGGCAAGCAAUUUUAUACGCCAUGGAAAUGAUGGACAGGUUACGUUCCGAAGAAAAGUGUAAGCACGUGCAAGACAUUGUUCAGGCUUCCAUUUUAGUGGAUCCUGUCACAGAAGCUGAUGUGGGUCAGUCCAUUGUCGUGACGGUGAUGAGCGCCAUGCCUCAGCUAAUACAAGACGGGGAUACUGUUCAAGCUUCCACUUCAGUGGAUCCUGUCACAGAAGCUGAUGUGGGCCAGUCUGUUGUCCAGACGGCGGUAAAAACCAUGUCUCAGGAAGUACCUACCGCUGGGUCGGAGGUAGAGCCAACAGAGAUUCCAUCUAUCGCUGACCAGCAGGCUCAAGCUACCGCUGUAGCUUCUGACCAGGAGAUAAUUGAGACGCAAGCUGCAGUUCAGGACUCAAGUGUUUUGGACCAGGGCGGGGACGUGCUCAUGAAAGACGGUGUCAUUGUUCAAGCUUCCACUUCAGCAGACCUUGUCACAGAAGCUGAUGUGGGCCAGUCAGUUGUCGAGACUGUGGUGAGCAUCAUGCCUCAGGUAGUACCUACCGCUGGGUCGACGGUAGAGCAAACAGAGAUCCCAGCUAUUGCUGAUCAGCAGCUAAUACAGGCUCAAGCCACCGCUGCAGCUACAACUUCAGUGGAUCCUAUCACAGAAGCUGAUGAGGGCCAGUCCGUUGUCGAGACUGUGGUGAGCAUCAUGCCUGAGGUAGUACCUACCGCUGGGUCGAAGGUAGAGCAAACAGAGAUCCCAGCUAUUGCUGAUCAGCAACUAAUACAGGCUCAAGCCACCGCUGCAGCUGCAUCUUCAGUGGAUCCUGUCACAGAAGCUGAUGAGGGCCAGUCCGUUGUCGAGACUGUGGUGAGCAUCAUGCCUCAGGUAGUACCUACCGCUGGGUCGAAGGUAGAGCAAACAGAGAUCCCAGCUAUCGCUGAUCAGCAGCUAAUACAGGCUAUAGCCACCGCUGCAGCUACAACUUCAGUGGAUCCUGUCACAGAAGCUGAUGAGGGCCAGUCCGUUGUCGAGACUGUGGUGAGCAUCAUGCCUCAGGUAGUACCUACCGCUGGGUCGAAGGUAGAGCAAACAGAGAUCCCAGCUAUCGCUGAUCAGCAACUAAUACAGGCUCAAGCCACCUCUGCAGCUGCAUCUUCAGUGGAUCCUGUCACAGAAGCUGAUGUGGGCCAGUCCGUUGUCGAGACUGUGGUGAGCAUCAUGCCUGAGGUAGUACCUACCGCUGGGUCGAAGGUAGAGCAAACAGAGAUCCCAGCUAUCGCUGAUCAACAACUAAUACAGGCUCAAGCCACCGCUGCAGCUGCAUCUUCAGUGGAUCCUGUCACAGAAGCUGAUGAGGGCCAGUCCGUUGUCGAGACUGUGGUGAGCAUCAUGCCUGAGGUAGUACCUACCGCUGGGUCGAAGGUAGAGCCAACAGAGAUCCCAGAUAUCGCUGAUCAGCCGCUAAUGCAGGCUCAAGCUACCACUGAAGCUGCUGACCAGGAAAUGAUUGAGACGCAGGCUGCAGUUCAGAACUCAAAUGGUUUGGACCAGAGCGGAGACGUGAGUCCUGAAAAAGAGGAUCUCCAAGUUGACACCCAAGUUGACACCCCAGAUGAAUACCAUUCUGAUCAUGAGGGGAAUGCUGUCGCCCCUGAUGUUCAGGGAAUAGAAUCACCACCUGCAGAGCAGGAAAGCCCACGAGAUACCACAAGCGAGAGCCUGACCUCUCGACUGAAUCCCUUAGCAAAGGAAUUUGUUCCCGCAUCACAGAGGAAGACUUCAGUGCAAGAGUGUGCACCAGUGAAUGAGUGUAGAAAGAAGACUGGUGCCCGGGCUCGCCGACGAGGAAGGUCAAGUGGUCCUCCGCAGAUGCUUGGGGUCGAGUCACCUGAUUGGAUGUCGUUCGCACUUAGCCGAAAAUGUCUUGUUGUUCCGCCUAACUAUCCUUUGGGCUGGAACUCGAGACACUCCUAA